GUUCCUGCUAAAGAACUCGAGGAGCAUAAUAAGAAAGAUAAGAAAGAGGACCAUGAGACAGAAAUAUAUAAAACAUUUCUCUAUACCAACCAGAAUUUUUGUUUCAGAAAACAAGGUAAACGUUAGUGAUCCAAAAUCUCAGUCUGUAGGACUCUUCCAACAAUCAAUGAGAUUGACGUUGAUGAUUGGGCAGGUUUUCUCCCUGCUACCAGUUAAUGGAGUAUUCAGUAGAAACAAUAAAAAAGUUACAUUUACCUGGCGAUCAUGGAAAUGUUUGUACAUAUUGGUAUCGUUACUUGGUCAGAUGUUCAUUACAAUAAUGUGCAUAUAUAGAGUAUUCAUAACGAAAACGAACCUGAACGGCAAAACAUCUGUCAUUUUUUACGCCACAACCUGUAUAACCAUGGUACUAUUUUUGAGAAUAGCCAGACGAUGGCCAAAACUUGUGUAUCACAUUAGCAGAACAGAAGAUCAUGAUUAUGAUUAUGAUAGCAGGCUGAUUUAUAAGUGUAACGUUACUUGUGCUGUUAUUCUUAGUUUAUCGAUAUUAGAACACAUUUUAUCUCUUCAAUCGUCUCUCGCUGAUAUUCUGACGUGCAGUCCAGACAUUGGAUACGAAAGAUUCGUAAAGUACAUUUACCCUUGGAUCUUCAAUUUCAUCCCCUAUUCCCCUGUUCUUGGAGGUUUCAUAGAGGUCCUUCACUUACAAUCAACGUUCGUUUGGAAUUUCUCGGAUCUGUUUGUAAUUUGUAUGAGCUACUACCUCACUUCUAGAUUAGAAAGUGUCAACAGAAAACUGCUGGCUGCCAAAGGAAAAUUUCUUCCCGAAUCAUUUUGGCGCACAGCUCGUGAGGACUUCGCAAGAGUAGUCCAGUUGGUCCGAGAAGUUGAUGACGUCAUCAACGGCGUUAUAUUUAUUUGUUUCGCUAACAACCUCUUCUUCAUCUGCUUACAACUCUUCAAUACAUUGGCUGGUGGAAUAACAGAUACACCUACAUGUAAUGGGGCAUCGUUUAGCCACGUCAAACGGUCAACUGUAUUGCUGGGGGGUUACGAAUCUGCUGUAUACUUUGUCUUCUCGUUACUAUAUCUAUUGGCCCGUUCUAUAGCCAUGUCGCUGAUAGUGUCCUACGUACAUAGUGCUUCGUUGGUGCCAGCCAUAGUACUGUACGAUGUCCCAUCACCAGUGUAUUGCGUAGAGGUUCAGAGGUUCUUAGAUCAAGUGAACGGCGAGAAAAUAGCUCUGACUGGGCUUAAAUUCUUCAGUGUGACGCGGGGCCUACUAUUAAAAGUAGCUGGCACUAUAGUGACGUAUGAGCUGGUGAUGCUGCAGUUCAACUCGUCAACGAUACACGCUGAAGAACCGACGUUUGCGCCAUCAACCGGAAAUUACUAGUAUUACUGGGCACAUUUCAC